CCAUUUAAUGCAACUAAUUCAGUUUUUUAUCAGCCAAUGUUUGAUGUCAUGUGUGCAUUUGGUUCUGGAUACAAGGCACCACUCUGUAAGCAGAUGCGUGGUCCUUAUAUUGCAAAAUGUGUUGAAGAGACUAGGAAGUUUGUUGAUGGAUUCCACAAAAUUUGGAGGGAAACUAGUUGCACUAUUAUGGCUGAUGGAUGGAGUGACAGAAAGAGAAGGACCCUCAUCAAUUUUUUGGUCUACUGUCCCAAAGGUACUAUCUUUCUUAAGUCAGUUGAUGCCACUGAUAGCUCCAAAACUAGAGAAUAUUUGUUUAGAUUGUUCAUAGAUGUAGUCAAUCAUGUUGGGCGUGAGAAUGUAGUUCAUUUUGUCACUGAUAAUGCCUCUAACAUGGUUGCUGCUGGUAGAAUGUUACAAGAUGAGUUCCCAUCCAUUUAUUGGUCCCCUUGUGCUGCCCAUUGUGUGAAUUUGAUAUUGUCAGACUUCGGUAAGGAGGAUUUAGUGAAGAGUACUAUAGCUCAUGCAUCUAUCAUUACAAAAUAUGUCUACAACCAUUGCUACCCAUUGUAUCUAAUGAGAAAGUUCACUAAAGGUCAUGAGAUUCUUCGCCCAGCCCAAACUCGUUUUGCUACUAAUUUUAUUGCAUUGCAAAGCAUAUAUAAGUACAAAAUUGAACUGCAAGCAAUGGUCGUCUCCAAUGAGUGGACAAAGUGUGCAUAUUAUAAGGAAACACAAGCCAAAAAGUUCACCAAAUAUGUGCUAGAUCAAAAAUUUUGGAAAGAUUGUGCAAUUGUUUGUCAUUUAUCAGAACCACUAGUUCGAGUGCUGAGAAUAGUGGACAGUGAUGAGCGACCUGCAAUGGGCUACCUGUUUGGAGCAUUCCAUUCUGCAAGAAAGGAAAUUGUGAAGAGGUUUCAGAGAAAGAAAGACUUUGUAAAGCCUUUCAUAGAAUACAUGGAUGCACGUUGGGAUAAGCACUUUGAUAAGAAUCUUCAUGCUGCUGGCUUUUGGUUCAAUCCUAAUAAUCAAUACAAUGCUGAAAUUAGAGACAAGUACAACGUCACCACUUCUGGAGUUCUUGAUGUCAUAGAGAAAUAUGCUGGCAAAGAUAUUGCCCUUAGAAGUGCUUUGACAAAAGAAAUGAAAAUAUUUAGAAAUGGAGAAGGUGAUUUUGGGCGCGCAACUGCUAAAAAUGAUCGCCAUGUCAUGCUUGCUGAUGAGUGGUGACAAACUUAUGGCUGCAGUGCACCAAAUUUACAGAAGCUUGCUUUGUGUGUGUUGAGCCAAACUUGUAGUGCAUCUGAAUGUGAGAGGAGUUGGAGCUACUUUGAGCACGUGCACUUCAAAAGAAGAAAUAGAUUAGAGCAUCAAAGGCUAAAUGAUAUUGUGUAUGUGCACUGUAAUCUGAGACUGCAACAAAGGUCCAGGAAGUAUACUAGAAAUUAUGACCCAAUAAUGUUUGAAGAAAUUGGACAUGGAAAUGAAGCUUGGAUUUUAGAAGAUAAUCCACCUUGCCUUAACUCUGAAGAGCUAGAUGCGUUUCGCACUAAACUUUCUGAUUUGAGUAUACAAUGCAGUGAUGGACCUGAUGAUUUGGAACUAAACUUGGAUAUGGUGGAGGCUGAUGUCAUGGAUGAAACUGAUGAAAUUAUGGAGGACCAGAACCUUAGGCAUGAAGAUGCAUAUGAUUAUGAUGGAAUUGCAAUUGAAGUUGGAGGAGCAGAACCUCAAGAUCAAUGGGAUCCAUUAAGUUUUUAUUGAGUAACAUGCUUCAUGUCUUUCUAUCUUAUUAAUUAUUAUCAUGCACUUGUUCCUGUUAUUGUGACCGUGAGACUAAGACUAUGUGUGAGUGUGAGUGUGUGUCAUGUGAGACUAUGUUCAAUAUGUUGCUAUGAACCUUAUGUUUGUGAGUGAAAUUGAACCUUAUUAUGUUA